GCUCCCAUUCAUCCAGCUGACGAUAUUGCUCUCAACGAGCUUGAGAUCCGCGCUGGGGCGGUUCCCGGCUCAAGCAAAAGUAACCCCAUCAAGGCCAUGAUGGAAGUGAAUGACAAUAACGCACUUCCUUUCGAUGGCGACUGUUAUGCCAUCCUAUGUUUGGGGAAGGAGCCUCUCUUCCAGCGAGAUGGUUCUGAGAGCAACGCUAACCGAAAGGAUGCUGGAGUAAAGAAGACAUUCCCAGGAGGGAAAGGCAGUGGUCCCUUCAGAAACCCAACACUAGCCGGUGUCAAGACCCCUGGCAGUACAUAUGUGUCUCCAGAGGAGUUCCCGUAUGCCUCAACUACUCAAGGUGGGCACCAAGCCGUCUUGUUCCCAGUCUCUGAAUCCUCGCAAGACUCCCAGGGCGGUGCUAUCAAUAGCUUUUAUAAGAAGAACAACAUCGGUUCCGCAGAUAAGGGUAAAAGGAAUAGCUGGUACGAAAUCACCGGAUGGACCGGAAAGCUUGGCCCUUACUGCACCGCCCUCCAAGCCAACAAUGGCAAGUCCAAUACCAAUGAUCCCAUUUGUAAAGCGGGUGGCAAUGGUACAGGCAAGUGGGGAUUCGAUGUAGGUGAAUACGCCUACACUUAUGAUGGCCAUAGCUAUCACAAAGCCAAGGGCAGCAAAUAAGGUACAUGUGUCUUCGGAAGAGAAUACCGUGACAGGUUUGGUAUCUGUUCUGAUGCG